GGAACGUCGCGCUAUCCCGGGUUCCCACGGACUGCUCGCCUAUAUAACGCCCCACUCGGCUCACGGUUCGAGCAUUCCAACACUGUUCGCCGUUUGUGCCACAUCGCUCUCAGUGUUGCUUGUGCCGUCCGCAUUUUUACGUGCCGUCGACGUUUACCUUGUACGAUCAGUUACACGAAUAUUUUUGUUGGUUAAAUAUUUUUUUUUAAUCAAUUUUUGUGAUUUUUUGUGUGUUUGCAACUAAUAUGUCUUCCGUAGCCACUGAAAUGCAACAACCUGUUUCCAGGACUUAUCAAUACAGAAAGGUUAUGAAACCAAUGCUCGAACGCAAACGCCGUGCUCGAAUCAACAGGUGUUUGGACGAACUAAAAGAAAUCAUGGUGGUAGCCUUGCAAAACGAAGGUGAAAAUGUCAGCAAAUUGGAAAAGGCCGACAUUUUAGAACUGACCGUAAGACAUUUGCACAAAUUGCGCCGCCAACAACGUCUGUCUGGAAAUCCUGUUACUGAAAUGGACAGAUUCCGAGCGGGCUACACUCGAUGCGCCUCAGAAGUGUCCCGUUGUUUGGCCGCUACUCCCGGUUUGGAUGUCACUUUGGGUGCUAAUCUUAUGACCCACCUCGGACACCGUCUGAACACCAUUCAGCCCGCGGCCUCUCAAACUGUCACCGCGGCACCGUUGACACUCAACGUGGAUUCUUCUUCCAUGUCAUCCACCUCGUCGUCCUGUUCGUCGCCACCACCAACUUCACCAUCAAGCACCGCAUCCUACCCAAUGCCACUCACUCCCAACUCGUCCGUUAGCAGCGGAUCAUCCGAAAACUUGUUGCAAGUUGUCGACAUGUCUCUCAAAUCUGGACACUGCACAGCUACUUCUAAUCAAUCCGUAUGGAGACCUUGGUAAUUAAACUAGUGGUUUCGUCCCACCUACAACUAUGAACUAUUUAUGUAUAUAUACGGCUAUAAUUACCAGUUAAUCAAUGUGUAUGAUUAUAUUUUGUUGCUUUCAAAUAUUAUUACUUACAUAUAUAAUUAUAUAUAUAUAUUUUUUGUAUAAAUUAUUUGAUAGACAAUUUAGUUACAAUUUUAAGGGAAGGGAACUUGUGAAACGAUUGUUUUUAAUAAAAAAUUUAAGGCAUUUUUUUAUUCGCACAUGUUUAAGUAUAAAUAAAUUUUAUAAAUGUUUUUUUAAUUAUGCCUAUACUGUGAUAAAAUAAUAGACUAAGAUAAGGGUAAUUUGUUCUUAUAUAGGCCGGUAGUUUUAUCUGCCGCAUAGAUUGUAAUUUUUAAUUUAUUUUAAAUAUUUAUUUUUGUAUGUAUGUUUGUGAAAAUUAUUUACAAUGUAGAGACUGUGAUAAUAAAUUUAAAAAAAUAAUAUAC